ACAGCUCAAACGAUUGUCAGUUUUUGAAACAGGUACUCUCUCUCUCUCUCUCUCCCACCAACGCUGCGAAGCAUUUUCUUACCAUCUCCAGUUUUAAUCCAUGAGUGAAUAUAUAUUCCUGCUGGGAUCUGGUAUAUCAAAAAUAACCGGAAGAAUAUGUCUAGAAGCAGAAGUCAAUCAGUUUCCUCCAAAGACCAAAAUGAUGUCAAGAUAAUGAAUCACCAAAGAGUUUUAAGUUAUGAAGAUUUGCUUAUAGCAAAUUAUUUUGAAAUGUUGAACAUGAAAAGGUGUCCUCUUAGGACUGACAGGUACCGAGAAACAGAAUCUUUGAAAUAUGAUUUUAGCCCUUAUAAACAACGUUUGUCACAAAGACCACAAACACAGGGCAGAACUCUCCAGCCAUUUUCUGAUCAGGGUAGCAACACAGUAUACAAGAAUCUAAUUAAUACAUUGACAGAUAAUUCAAAGCGCCUUCGACGGAGACCUUCCAGUGCACCUGUGAAAAAUAACAGAAGUUUGUCUGAAGUCCAUUUUGCUGAUCCCCUCCAUCGCCCCUACAGGAGCACCAAAGGGGCCAGAAUUGAAAAACCACCCAAAACUUCACAGAGCUGUAUCAGAAGACAACCCCCUAUAAUAGUGGUGAAGGCUUACAGAAAUGGGGACUGCAAUGUUUUUACUAGAGUUGCUGCACCAGACCUGCCAAUGUUACUGGAAUUGUGUACGAAGAAGCUGCAAUUGCCCUUUGCUGCUCGAAUAAUUUAUCUUGAAGAUGGAACCAAAGUAUGGAGCCCCGAAGAUAUUCCUAAAGAAGCUGCUAUUUAUGUUUCAAUGGGUGAAGCAUUUCAAAAUCCCCAAAAUAAAAAUAGAAAAAGUUUGUUUGACCAAAAAAACCUUGUAUGGACUUCAUUUGGUAUUAAUUUACCAGCAAGAAAGAAAAAGAAAAGGAGAAAUGCUCUUUCUCACAGAAUGAGAGCUUUAACAGUGAAAAAGAAUAUUCGAGUUGUUGUAUUCCAAAAUGGCUUUGGGAGUGAAGCAAUUGAAAUAGUUGCUGAUGCCAACAAAAUGGAUGAGUUCAUGAAUGACUGCACAGACAAGUUGAAGCUGCGAGGUUUUGCCCGUCAUUUAUACAAUUGGGAAGGUGAAUCCGUGACAGACUUGAACAACAUACCUGUAUUGUCUGACUGUCUGCAACAGAGUAAAAGCCUGGCACUUGGUCCUCUUUGGGUGUCAACUGGAGAACCUUUUGAACCUUCUGGAACUGUGGAGUUUUUACUGGACAUGAAAAAAGUUUUAAAAAAGAAGUUAAAACGUGUUAUGUCUCGCAGAGAUGAGUUGGUUGCUGACAAAUCUCUUGAUAAAAAGCAUCAGUUCUCUGCUAAACUUUCAUCAAGAGGAUCUGUUGAACAGCCGGAAGAAAUAUCUAAGUUUGAUUCCGAUAUUUCUGACUUGGAAGAUGCUAUAGCAACCAUCAAGUCAAAACUUGAAUAUCUCAAGGAACUGAAGCAAGAGAGAAUGAACUCUGAGAAUAUGGUACAAGUUGAAAACAGCCCUCAUUUGACUGGAAGGAAGGGUCUUCGCUUAAAAACCUACGAGAAUGGAUCUGUGACCCCAUGUAAAAUAUUUUACUUCAAUUUGGGAGAAGCCUUCAAAGGUACCAAUGGGGACCAGAAAAAACUUUUGCAAAGGCUCUAUGAUGAUUUGUCAAUCAGUCAGCGCCUAAGUAAUACUCAAAAACCAAAGAUUGCACCAAACGUUCAGAAAGUUUUCUUAAGUUCUGGUGAAGAACUUAAAGAUGUCCUCUCUUUGAAAUAUGACCAAGAAAUUUGGUUGUCAUUUGGAGAAGCAUACAUUGAUCCUUAUACUUACUGCAUGGAGGCAAUAUUUGAUAAAGCAUGCGUUCAAGGACAUGCUGAAAACUCGAGAAUUAUCCGAACUUUCAAGGAUGAAGACUGGAGUGACAAAGCGUCUCAAUGGUUGGCUGUCGACAAUUUCCCAGUGAAUGACUCAUCAGAAUUUCUUCUUCCAUUCGAAGAUUUAGAGAGAAAUGAACUUGAGAAAGAAUGGCAUUUUCUGCAACAUAAGAAUGGUACCAUUUACUGCAAAGCCAUGCCACAACUUUGUUUAGCCGUUUACACAGAUUUCUGGAUAAAAGAUCAAAAAAUGCCUGACCAAGAAUUCCAGGUUUCUGGUUGUGUUGUUGGAUUACAGAAGAAAGACAGCUAUAACCCCAACCAGAUUUGGAUAUUCAACCCAAAUGGAACAAUAUCUGCAAAGGUCUAUCCCGACCUUUUUUUGACCUGGCUUGGUAAUCAACUGCAUGCUUCUAACGAAGAAAGCACUAAUGAAGAAGAGAUUAAUGACAACACCGACAGCAUGGAGUCAGGCAACAUAAAACCUGGACAUAACAUCUUCCUGAUUAUCAGUGAGCCGUUACCAAGGAAACUUGGUGCAUUACAGAGGUAA